CGGCCCCGCCCCCUGCCGCCCGCCCCUGCGCUGCCCAGUGGCCAGGAGAUGAUGAAGAGGCCGGCCAGACAGAGGAAAGGGAGGAAGAGGGCCCCGGCCUAAGGCAUCAAUCGGCAGAAGCCCAGGAAGAGGCACAGACCCCCGACAUCCCUCCAGGCCGCGAUGGGGCAGCAGUUCAGCUGGGAGGAGGCGGAGGCGGCCGGCGAGAUGGACGUGGCCGAGCUCCAGGAGUGGUACAAGAAGUUCGUGGUGGAGUGCCCCAGUGGCUCUCUCUUCAUGCAUGAGUUUAAGCGCUUCUUCAAGGUCACAGGCAACGAGGAGGCCACCCAGUACGUAGAGGGCAUGUUCCGAGCCUUCGACAAGAAUGGGGACAACACCAUCGACUUCUUGGAGUAUGUGGCCGCCCUGAACCUCGUGCUGAGGGGCACCCUGGAACACAAGCUGAAGUGGACCUUCAAGAUCUAUGACAAGGACCGCAACGGCUGCAUCGACCGCCUGGAGCUGCUCGACAUUGUGGAGGCGAUCUACAAGCUGAAGAAAGCCUGCAGGGUGGAGGAGGAGGCCGAGCAGCAAGGGCAGCUGCUCACACCCGAGGAAGUGGUGGACAGGAUCUUCCUUCUGGUGGAUGAGAACGGAGAUGGCCAGCUGUCUCUGAAUGAGUUCAUUGAAGGUGCCCGUCGUGACAAGUGGGUGAUGAAGAUGCUCCAGAUGGACAUGAACCCCGGUGGCUGGAUCUCUCAGCAGAGGCGGAAAAGCGCCAUGUUCUGAGGGGUCUGGGGCCUUCGGGAGUCCACAGGCCCCUCCAAGACUCUGGGUUCACCAGGUUUCCAGAGUAGUGGGAGGGGCCCUGGCUCAGCCUGUGUAUGCUCACUCUUAUCUGCCCCCCCCCCCCCAUGAAAGGGGUUGGGACCAAGCAGGGGGUAGGGGCCGUUGGGCUGAAGUGGCCAAUGGGAGACGGUCCACUGGGAGGAUGUACUGGGGUGGUGAAGGGAACUGGUUUCCUCUGUCUCCCUUCAACUGCUUCUGGAACAAGUAUGUGUUGGCGGCGGGGCGUUGGGGG